UACUAAUGCAAUGCUAAAAUAGACGCAAUUUUGUCUCAGGAUAGACGGAUUUAUGUUGUCACGUCGGUUAUUGUCGCUUUUCUCGAAGCGUCUUGAAGCGGAAAAGGCGAGCUCUAAUCCUGCCAUUAAAAAAUGGAAGGCAAUCUCACUGUUUGUUGGAGUUCCCGUAUGUUCAUAUCUCUUCUACAAACACGUGAUUGUGUCGGAGGAGCGUGAGCACGAGAAAGAGCUUGCAGCAUGGCCACAUCUCAGAAUAAGAAACAAACCUUUUCCAUGGGGUGAUGGUAAUACAACAUUGUUGGCAUCAGCAGCUAGUGUUGAACACAAGGAAAUGGGUGCUCGUCAUCCGAAGGUCCACUGGAUCACCCAGUGGUGGUGGGACAACCUGACGGAGAACUUCGAAACGAGAGAAGAGAGAAGAAACGCUCACGUUGGAACAAUGCAGCAAAGAGCAAACAAAUAUCUCGAGAGCAAGAAGAACGGUCGUCUGGAUCGUCUACACGACCUCAUGCAUGCAGAUCUUAGUCAACUUGAAGUGAGGAGCAAGAACGAAGAACACGGUGUCAACGGAUAUUAACAAUGUAAACUGUAAUCAAUAUAUUUCUUGUCGUAUAUCCUACCGUCUAUGUACAAUGUAUAAAACAUUUAGUCACUUGG